AUGUGGGCUCAGUUCUUUCUAGGAAUGUUGACCCUGUUGCCAGUUAUGGAAGGAAAUUAUCUCCCAAACUACCUGGUGACAUUACCAGCACAGCUGAACUUCCCCUCCACUCAGAAGGUUUGCUUGGAUCUGAGCCGUGGGUACUAUGGUGUACAAUUUACCAUUACUCUGGAGACCAAGGACAAGACCCAGAAGUUGCUAGAACACUCUGGAUUGAAGAAGAGGCAAUUACACUGCAGCUCCUUUUUGGUACCACCUCCUGCUGGUGGCACAGAAGAAGUGGCCACAGUACGGGUGUCUGGUGUUGGAAAGAACAUUAACUUUGAGGAAAUAAAGGAGGUUCUAAUUCAGAGGCAGGGAAGUGGCACAUUUGUACAGACUGAUAAACCAGUCUACAUCCCAGGGCAAAAAGUGCGUUUCCGCAUUGUUACCUUGGACAGAAAUUUUGAUUCCGUGAAUGACAAGUACCCCAUGGUGGAGCUGUUGGAUCCAAAUAACAACAGGAUUGCACAAUGGCUGGAAGAGGUGCCCAAGCAAGGCAUUGUAGACCUCUCUUUUCAACUGGCAUGUGAGGCAAUGUUGGGUACCUAUACUGUGGCAGUGGCUGGAGACAAGACCUUUGCCACCUUCAGUGUAGAAGAAUAUGUGCUGCCUAAAUUUAAGGUGGAAGUAGUGGAACCCAAGCAGAUAUCAACAGUGAAAGAAUCUUUCCUAGUAAAAAUUUGUAGUAGGUAUACCUAUGGAAAGCCUGUGCUAGGAACAGCGCAGGUUUCUGUGUGUCAGAAGGCAUAUACCUACUGGUAUCGAGAGACGGAACAGCAGCUGCCUGACAAAUGCAAGAAAGUCUCUGGACAAACUGACAAAGCAGGAUGCCUUUCAGCCUCUGUGGACAUGUCUACCUUCAACCUCACUGCCUACGCUUACAGCCAGAGCAUCAAUAUUGUGGCUACUCUAGUGGAAGAUGGGACAGGUGUGGAGGCCAAUACCACAAAGGAGAUCUACAUUUCUUCACAAAUAGGAUCAAUGACCUUUGAAGACACCAAUAAUUUCUAUUAUCCCAAUUUCCCCUUCACUGGGAAGAUAAAAGUGAUGGACCAUGAUGGGACCCUUCUCAAGAAGCAAGAAGUGUUUCUGGUGACUUAUGGCAUAAAUGGCACCAACACCCAGACCCUCACUACUGACAACAAUGGCUUUGCUCAUUUCAAGCUGGACACAGUUCCCUGGAAUGGAACAGACAUCUCUUUGGAGGGCAGAUUCCAAAUGGAAGAUAUGGUAUAUGAUCCAGAGCAAGUGCCUCGCUACUACCAGAAUGCUUACUUGCAUCUGCAACCCUUCUACAACACAACCCGCAGUUUCCUUGGCAUCCGUCGGCUAACUGGCAUCCUGAAAUGUGGCCAGCCCCAGGAAGUCCUGGUAAAUUAUUACAUUGAUCCAGCUGAUGCAAGCCUUGAUGAGGAAGUCAUCUUCUCCUACUAUGUAAUUGGGAGAGGAAAUUUGGAGAUAGAGGGACAGAAGCAUCUGAAUAUUAAGAAAGGACCUAAAGGCUCCUUCUCUCUCUCACUGACCUUCACUUCCCAACUAGCCCCUGAUCCUUCCCUGAUCAUCUACUCCAUUUUCCCCAACAGGGGUGUAAUAGCUGACAAAACUCAGUUCUCAGUGGAAAUGUGUUUUGACAAUCAGGUGUCUCUUGGCUUCCGACCUGCUCAGCAGCUUCCAGGAGCAGAUGUGGAACUAGAGCUACAGGCAGAUCCAGGGUCUCUGUGUGCAGUGCGGGCUGUGGAUGAGAGUGUCUUACUACUUAGACCAGAGCUGGAGUUAAGCAACACCUCUGUCUAUGGGAUGUUCCCAUUCUGGUAUGGUUACUACCCAUAUCAGGUUGCUGAAUAUGAUGAAUGUCCAGCAUCUGGUCCAUGGGACUUCCCUCAACCCCUCAUUGACCCUGUGCCUGAAGCUCGUUGGAGCAAGCAUUCUAUUAUCAGGAGACCCUGGUUCUCUCAAGAUGUUGACCUUUUCAGCUUUUUCCAGGGGGUGGGCCUGAAAAUACUGUCUAAUGCCAAGAUCAAGAAGCCAGUUGAUUGCAGUCGUGGCUCUCCAAAAUACGCCACUGCAUUGAAUGGAGCAAGUGAAACUACUCGUCAUGAGGGUUUUUCACCAUUGUCUUCACCACUUCAGUCAGGGGACUCGCAAGUCCGUCAGUACUUCCCAGAGACUUGGAUAUGGGAUCUCUUUCCUAUUGGGAACUCUGGAAAGGAGGCUGUCCAUGUCACAGUUCCUGAUACCAUCACUGAGUGGAAGGCCAUGUCUUUCUGCAUCUCCCAAUCCAGAAGCUUUGGUCUCUCACCCACAGUUGGAUUAACUGCCUUCAAGCCAUUUUUUGUUGAUCUGACUCUCCCUUACUCAGUAGUUCGUGGAGAAUCCUUUCGUCUUACUGCCACCAUCUUCAAUUAUCUAAAGGACUGCAUCAGGGUUCAAACCAACCUAGCUAAAUCAAACGAAUACCAGGUGCAAUCACAGGCAGAUUCUCAGGCCUCCAGUUGUCUCUGUGCUGAUGAAGCAAAAACCCAUCACUGGAAUAUCACAGCUCUCAAACUGGGACAUAUAAACUUUACAAUUAGUACAGAGAUUCUGGACAGCAAUGAACUCUGUGGAGGGAAGAAGGGGUUUGUUCCAGACAAGGGCCGAAGCGAUACACUCAUCAAGCCAGUUCUGGUCAAGCCUGAAGGAGUCCUUGUGGAGAAAACUCACAGCUCACUUCUGUGCCCAAAAGGAAAGGUGGUUUCAGAAUCCAUCUCCCUGGAGCUUCCUGUUGAUGUUGUCCCUGAUUCAACCAAGGCAUAUAUUACUGUUCUGGGGGACAUUAUGGGCACAGCUCUGCAAAACCUAGACAAUCUGGUGCAGAUGCCAAGUGGCUGUGGGGAACAGAAUAUGGUCAUGUUUGCCCCCAUCAUCUAUGUUUUGCAGUACCUGGAGAAGGCAGGGCUGCUGACUGAGGAAAUCAAGUCCCGGGCAGUAGGUUUCCUGGAGAAAGGGUACCAGACAGAGCUGACGUACAAACACAGUAAUGGUUCAUACAGUGCCUUUGGGGAGCAGGAUGAAAAUGGAAACACAUGGUUGACAGCCUUUGUCACCAAAUGCUUUGCCCAGGCUCAGAAAUUCAUCUUCAUUGAUGACAAGAACAUCCAGGAUGCUCUCAAGUGGGUGGCAGGAAACCAGCUCCCUAGCGGAUGCUAUGCCAACGUAGGAAAGCUCUUACACACGUCUAUGAAGGGUGGUGUUGAUGAUGAGAUCUCAUUGACUGCAUACAUCACAGCUGCAUUGCUGGAGAUGGGAAAGACCAGAGAUGACUCAAUGGUGAGUCAAGGUCUGCAGUGUCUCAAGAAUUCUGUUACCUCCACAACCAAUCUUUAUACGCAGGCUCUCCUAGCUUAUACUUUCUCCUUGGCUAAGGAAAUGGACAUCAGGAACAAUCUUCUCAAAAAAUUAGAUCAACAGGCUAUCAUCUCAGGUAUGUUAAUCAUAUGGGGCUUCUCUUCCACACAGGAUACUGUAGUUGCUCUCCAAGCUCUUGCCAAAUAUGCCACCACUGCUUAUGUACCAUCUGAGGAGGUCAAGCUGACUGUGAAAUCUACUCAGAAUUUCCAGCAUACUUUCAAUGUGAAGACUGUCAAUCGGUUGAUAUUUCAGCAGGAGACUUUACCUAAUAUCCCUGGGAUGUAUGCUUUGGAAGCCUCUGGCCAGGGCUGUAUCUAUGUGCAGACGGUGCUGAGAUACAACAUUAUCCCUCCUAAAAAUAUGGAAACCUUUAGUCUUAGCAUAGAAAUGGGAAGAACUAAAUGUGACCAACGUACUUUACCUCAGACUUUAACUCUUACUAUACAAACAAGUUACGUGGGGAGUCGUAGCUCUUCCAAUAUGGCCAUUGUGGAGGUGAAGAUGCUAUCUGGGUUCAGUCCGAUUGAAGGCACCAAGCAAGUACUCCUCCAGCAACCACUGGUGAAGAAGGUUGAAUAUGGAACUGAGACACUUAACAUUUAUUUGGAAGAGCUUAGUAAGGAGACUCAGGCUUAUACCUUCACCAUCAACCAAAGUGUGUUGGUCACCAAUCUGAAACCAGCAGCCAUCAAGGUCUAUGACUACUACCUACCAGAUGAGCAGGCAACGAUACAAUAUUCUGAUCCCUGUGAACAAGGAGCUCUCGAAAAGAUCUUUUUCCCUUUUCACGUCACUUCCCUCCCUUCUCCCAUCGCUCUGUUCUCAGAAGGAGGUGAGUUCCCCACUAGAGGCCAGCACUACCUCAACUUCGUCCCUCCCACGGGCGAGCCGAACUCGGAGAGAAAGAAGGGGAAAAAAGAGGAGACAGAGCGAGAGAGGAAAAAACCCCGGGGCCUAGAGCGCAGAGGCCCGGGAGCGGCGUCGCCAUGGCAACGGGCUCCGGCAGGAAACGAGGGACGCGCGGGAGGGAGGAGGAGCCCGGCCUGCAAGCCCCCGGCCUGCAGCCCCCACCCUCCCGGCCCGGCAGGAAGUGACAGGCCCGAAGCGAGUCCCGGAGGCCUGGCAGAGCCGCUGCCGGGCCCGCACCCGGAGCGGCAGGAGGGGCGGGGAGCCGCGGCCGCGCCGGGCACCUCCCACCCCGCCCUCGGCGCCCCCGCCCCUCCAGGAAGGGGAGGAGGCGAGGGGGAGCCCGCCGCGGAGGCCGAAGGAGCCCCCCGCCCCAGCCAGGCGACCGGAGACCCCCAGUACGUGAAGUGA